AUGGAUGCAAAAGAAAGAGGGGGGUUUGCCCUGCCGGACUUAAAACUGUAUUAUGAAGCAGCAGCAUUUUGCUGGCUGAAAGAAUGGAUGCUCCUCGAGAAUACAGAUAUCUUGGAUUUAGAAGGUUUUAACAAUACAUUUGGUUGGCAUGCAUACUUAUGGUAUGAUAAAAUUAAGGUGCAUAGGGCCUUCAAAAAUCAUAUUGUCAGAAAAGCAUUAUAUAACGUUUGGAUAAGAUAUAAAGAUUUGUUGGAAAGUAAAACCCCUAGAUGGUUGUCACCUUUGGAAGCUACGGCGUUGAAAAAGCUUAAUAUGGAAGCCGAAUGGCUAAAGUAUCGGGAAAUUUUGGAACAAGAUGGAGAUAAGUUGAAGUUACAGAGUUAUGAGAAAUUGAAACCCAAAGUUCGAGAUUGGCUCCAUUAUUAUCAAAUAAUGGAGGUGUAUAAACAAGACAGGAAAAUUGGCUUCCAGGCGGAGAAAUCAAAAUUAGAAACUGAACUGUUAGAACCCAAUACUAAGAACUUGUCAAGAAUGUAUAAUCUGCUGCUGAAAUGGAAUACACAAGAUGAAAUAGUUAAAUCAGCUAUGAUUAAGUGGGCACAGGACAUUGGUCAUAACAUUAUGUUUGCUGACUGGGAAUGGUUGUGGAACACAGGUAUAAAAUUUACGGCAUGUAAUGCCUUAAAGGAAAAUAUUAUGAAAAUGAUCUAUAGGUGGUACAUGACCCCAGUCAAGCUAGCAAAAAUUUAUCAUUUGCCUGAUAAUAAGUGUUGGAAGUGUAAAGAAACUGAAGGUACUUUCUAUCACCUUUGGUGGACGUGCCCGAAGAUUAAGGCUUUCUGGGAAAUGAUAUAUAAUGAACUGAAAAAGGUACUUAAAUGUACUUUCCCGAAGAAACCAGAAGCCUUUCUCUUGGGCAUUGCCGGCCAAUUGGUGUUAAAGAAAGAUAGAACUUUUUUUAUGUAUGCUACGACAGCAGCAAGAAUACUCAUUGCAAAGUAUUGGAAGACAGAAGAACUACCCACCCUGGAAGAGUGGCAGAUGAAGGUGAUAGACUAUAUGACAUUGGCUGAGAUGACUGGCAGAAUCCGUGAGCAGGGGAAAGAGACGGCGAAAGAAGAUUGGAAGAAAUUUAAAAUUUAUCUUAAGAACUAUUAUAAAAUUGAGGAAUGCUAA